AUGCAACCGAAACGAGUCGGCAUCAUAGGAUAUGGUCAUCUAGGUGAAUUUUUGGUGGACGAGCUGAAUCGCAUUGAAGGUUUUGAAGUUCUUCGUAUAUGGAACCGGACACCUAAUUCCACCAAGGGUGUGCUACCGUUAGAGGAGAUCGUCGAGGAACACUUGAGUGAUAUCGAUUUGGUCGUUGAAGUCGCUCAUCCAGCCAUCAUUCGUCAAUACGCUCCUGUCAUAUUAGCAAAUUGCGAUCUUUUCAUUGGCUCGCCGACAUGUCUUGCCGAUGCGGACCUUCUGGAGACGAUUCGACUGAUGGCAGCGGCGAAAUACCGCCGUGUUCUGGUGCCGGCUGGUGCGUUUUGGGGAGGCAAUGAUAUUCAGAAGAUGGCUGACCAAGGAACUUUGAAGGCACUCACUAUAACGAUGACUAAACAUCCUUCAUCUUUUAAACUGGAAUCACCUCUCAAGGAGCUCAACGAGACUGCCAAACUCAACAAAGAGAAGGCCACGGUUCUCUAUGAAGGACCCGUGCGUGGCUUGUGCCCAUUGGCACCGAAUAAUGUUAACACGAUGGCUGGAGGAGCUAUAGCAGCUCACAAUCUGGGCUUUGACGGGGUUACCGCUAGACUCGUCAGUGAUCCAAAAAUGACUGACUGGCACGUCGUUGAAGUUGAAGCAAUCGGUCCAGACGGAUUUAGUGUAACGACUACGCGGAAAAAUCCCGCAAAACCAGGAGCGGUAACCGGACAGCUUACCUAUUACUCGUUUCUGGCCAGUAUCAAAGGUAAACUGUUCACGUUCGUGUGGUAA